AUGGCCGCUGUACAUGCUGGCCCCGGUCCUGCUAUAGCAAUGCACCAUGCGACCUUCAUUUCGCCCCUGCAGCCUGUACUCACAAUCCUCGCCCUCAGAUCACAGCUCGCACCCGUCGCGGCCCUAUCGGACGCGUCACUGACCCAUUCUCCCACAGUUUUGCCGCGUGCUGUGUGUGUCCAAUUCACCGCCGCUAGUCGACCGUUUGAGCAGUUGCACCACUCCGCCGCCCCGCCCUCUGCUCCGCCAUUGGCCGCCGCUGCCGGUGAGGGCAGAAAAACACUCGCUCCCAACGUCGCGUACGGCGACUGGCCGAUGCACGCCCGCAUCCACCAACCGCCGUGUACCGCACUCGAGAUCGGCCACGCGAUGCUCGUCACGGCAAUGCUUCUCGGGAGCAGCGUCAUGGGCGGCCUGGUCCAAUCGCCGCCGAUCUGCCCUGGGACGUUGCAUCUUACUCCUGCUCCCUCUGCGGAACCAUGACACCGAACACAAACAUCUGACCUCAGGGGCGUGGCCGCAUCGUCUUCGGCCCAUCUUCAUGCCUGCCCCCGUCAGCCCUGUCCGCCAUCCGCAAAUGCCCGGUCAUGCGGCUAUGGGCACCAAGUACGCAGAAUUGCCUGUUACGGGCCUGGG